CUACAUUCAUUUGACACUCAGUGACUUUUACAUGUAAAUACUUUAAACCAACAUAACUUACAUAACUUGGAAUUUCAUAAUGGACAGGACAAAUAGGAUUUGGUCACAUGAUAUGAUUUUGACCAAUUAGAGAAUGUAGUUUGGUCACAUGAUCUGUCUUUGACCAAUAAAAGGCUCAUCACUUGGUCUAUACCUGAUAUGACAUUAUGAAAUAUUUUUCUAUGAAAACGUUUAAGAAUUUUGGUUUGACAAAUUAUUUUGCAUAGGCAUAUAGUGGAGCAGUAACAGUAAGAGAAAACAUUACUCUGAUGAACUGAUGAAUUUCACAAAUCAGGCAUUUGUGUGUUAUAAUAGAGAUGCUCAAGCGAAUUGCGAAAUGAAUAAUUUGGAAAAUAUCAAAAAUGUCAAAUGUUGAAUUGUGCAGAAAAGCAAGGAAUAAAUUUCAAAAGUAUCUGAUGACAAUGAGUCAGCAGAUUAUUCAACUCAGAUAAUCUAGAAAAUCACAUCAUUUAAUGAAUCAAGAUAAAAACAAUGUAGUAUAAAAUUGUUAAUAUUGUUAAAUCAUGACAGAAUAUGAACAUUACAGAGACAUUAGCGAACAAUGAAGCAAAAGUAAAAUGGAAGGGAAUAAAAUACGAGAAACUUUUGUCGAAUUCACAGAAAAUACAUCUGCCCAUGGUUGUGGUCAGAUCCCAACAGCAAAAUUCAAACUGACAAAAAUUUUCUGGGGAUUAACAUUUCUUGGUUGUUUCACGUGGGCAACAUACAGUACUGGAAAUUUGAUAGCAAGAUAUCUCAGUUACCCCACAAAGGAUGUUGUUUCGAUAGAUUUCAGCGAAAUACAAUUUCCUGCCGUGACGCUGUGUAGUCUGCAGCCUCUGACGCUAUCAGGGAUGUUAAACUUACAGGAAAAUCCUUUACCACCAGACCACCCUACAUCAAUACUACUUUAUGUGAUGCUGAAUUUUAAAAUCAUCAUUGAUAAAAACAUAGGAGGGCUCGGGAAGCGGUAUCAGAGACAACUUAGUCGAAUUGUAUCCAAUCAAUUUAUUUAUGAAAAUUCAGACGAAAAGAAUACUGAAGGAUUCAUACAUGAUUUAAGAAGUUUUCUCCUGGGGUGUAAAUAUAACAGCAAGACCUGUGAUUUGGAAAAACUUUUCAUCACAUACCAAGAUGGUCAAUUCUUCAAUUGCUUUACAUUCAACAGUGAAUUGUUGGUCCCAAAAGCCUUUAUAGUUGAGAAGACAGAUCCAAGCUCUGGACUCAGCUUAGUCAUAUUUGUUGAUGCCCUAUCUUCUGCACCUGCUCAUUACACUAUAUACAACCCAGAUGACCCGACCAGUGGUAAAAUGGGAGUUAGGGCUAUCAUUCAUAGCCCUGGUACAAGGCCAAUGCCCUUUGAAAAGGGCUUUGACAUCCCAACAGGGUUCUCGACAUCAGUUGCCCUCCAAGGGUCAAUACGAAACCUAAUGAGUGAACCACAUGGGAACUGUACAACGGAAACACUUAUCCCUGGCACAAAUUACACAUACUCCAGUGAUACCUGUGUCCAAGAAUGUAAGCAAGAGAAACUCAUAAAAGAGUGUGGAUGCAAAAGUUCUUUAUUAACAGCAAGCGCUGAUAAGCCUCACGUUCCAUAUUGCGGCAUGUUUAAUAUGACAAAUAUACUGAGACAGAUGCACUAUCCGACUGAUGAUGAAGACAUAACAAUGGCAGUAAGAGACUUAGAAAGGAUUGAAUGCGAAGGUAAUAUCUUAAGAUUAUUUGCUUAUCCUGCAGAAAUCAACAAAUGCGCCUGCAAGGAAGCAUGUUCCAGUAUGAAGUACACAAAGACAAUUUCCCAGUCAGUAUGGCCGAAUGACAACAAUCAAAAUAUAUUUUACGAAACAUAUGUCAAUGUUACCGAUCACACACUCCGCCCGAACAUUCUCUUUAAACAACAGAACAUCACAGAAAUAAUCAAUAACGAUCUAAUCCAUAAAAAUUUCCUGAGAUUAAAUAUCUACUUUGAGAGCCUACAAGUAGAGACAACUUCAGAAGUUGAGGAUUAUCCACUGAGUCAGUUGAUAUCAGAUAUUGGAGGGAAUAUGGGGUUUUAUGUGGGUAUCUCAGUCAUUACAUUACUUGAGUUCUUAUCUCUCACAGGGACGGUUCUCCUUUACUUCUUUAAAGACCGCCUGGCAAGUUGUGGACAAUCUAAGACAACUAAGGUAUCACAAAUAAAUAUUCAACACGGUGACUCAAAACUUGAUCACUAUACGGAUGGCUUUAAAGACAAGUAUUGAGUAGGAUCAGAAGUUUUUAAAGUACUGUAGUAUGGAAAGCUUUUUAAGUAAUGUAUAGUAUGGAAAGUUUUUAAGACAAUACUGUGUGGUAUGAAGUUUUAAAGACAAGUACUGAGUGGUAUGGAGUUUUUAAAAAAAAGUACUUUGUAGUAUGGAAAGUUUUAAAGAGAAGUAUUGAGAAGUAUCGAAAGUUUUAAAAGAAGUACUAAGUACUGUCGUAUGGAAAGUGUAAAUAAACAAGUAAUGAAUAGUAUGGAACUUUUAAAGACAAGUACUGAGUAGUAUAGCAAUGUGGAAAGUUUUAAAGACAAGUACUGAGUACUGUUGUUUGAAAACUGAGGAGUAUAAGAAGUUUAGAGACAAUUAUUGAGUAGUAUGGUAAGCUUUAAAGACAAGUACUGAGUGGUAUGAAGUUUUAAAGACAAGUACAUACUUAGUAGUAUGGAACGUGUAAAAAGACAAAUACUGUAUAGUAUAGAAAAUUUGACAUAUUCUGAGUAAGCUUGAAAAAAUGAAUAUAAAUCUUACUUUUCUUGAUGCAAGAUAUUCCAGUCCACGUGCAAUUUGAUAUGAGAAACAAAUCAAAUCUUUGGUUGUGACAGGGGGCUCUCUAUGUGAUUCAGGCACGUUAACAUAAUGUAGAUCAUCACUCGGGCCACCAGUGGCGCCACCUUCUGCCUCUAAUUUUUUAAGUUGAGCAGGUGAGAGGUUCUGAUCUGCUCCUGAAAAUUAGAUUUAAUAUCCACUCUGGAAAUGAUUUUAAAUAAUAAUAGUCUGUAAAAAAGGUCUAAAUUGCUUAUGAUUUUUCAACUUUAUCAUAAAAUAAGUAAGAAACCUACUACAUUCAUUUAAAUAGACAUGAAAAUAUAGAUUUUGAAUGUGAGUAGGGAGUCUUAUAUUUACCCAAUUUUAUUAUGUGCCACUGGCAUAAAAAAUGAUAAUAAGCAAAAAACAAUAAAAAUAAUGCAAAACCUGUCUAAUAUGAACGCCUCUGGAACCAGUCAAAAUUGUUCAGACAGGCAGGUGUUCACAUUUCAAGUUUGUUUUACAUUAAGGUCAAUAAGAUAACAAAUUUGGGACUGAGCAAAGUGUUCACAUUGAGAAGAGUUCAGAUUAGAGGUCUUAUUUAUACAGGUCUUACUUUAUAUUAUGGACGCUGGUUGACAGACAUUAUAAUAAAUUUGAACUUGAACCAAAUUAAAGAUAGGUAAAUUCCCCAUCCACUGGUAUAUAAUAUGACAUGUUUUUCUCAAGAAAAUCAAUAUUUAUUUUUGAAAUAUGUGUCCCAUUUUUUGGACCAUCCUGUAGAUGUGAUUUGAAGUGUUUUCCCGAGUGAAUAAAACUUACCUGGUUUUUUAGGCAUCUCAAACACAUCUUCAUCGUCUGUGACAUCACGGAAUGUUGCACGAUGCUUCAGUAAAUAGUUGCGUAGGUUUCCAUGAGGACAGUACUCCAUCAUUAUGUAUAGUUCACCUAGUGUGCAAUAAAAUUAAGUGUAAACCCUCGAAAGAAAUUGU